AUUUUGUAAUCCCAAACGAAAAUUUCGAGCUUCGGAAGGAGUAGUAUUUUUAGCAUCUUCAAUUCCAAAUUGCGCCCGCAUUUUCCCUCUUUAACAUUUCAAGUUCUAGAUCUGUAUCUUCAAACUUCUCUCUCUCUCUCUCUCUCUCUUACAUUCAAUCUUCUCCUACAGAGAAAAGAACAAUCCCCAAAACCAAAAACCCCAAACUAGGGUUUUACCACUCGUUUACUGCUGCUCAGUAGUAUUGUUUCUUCUAUGGCGUCCGAGAAAGAAACCCUAGAAGAUCAGAAACCAGAAGAGGUGACGGAGGAGAAAUCUUCCUUACAAGAACAAGAAGAAGAGAAAAAGACAACCGAAGCAGGGGAGGAGGAGAAAAAAGAUGAAAAGCCAGAGAUUAAAGCCCAUGAUGAGGAUGAGAAAGAAGAAGACAAAGAGGAAGUAGAUGAAAUGGAAGUAGACAAAAAAGAAGCGGAAGAAGACGAAUCAGAGCAGGAGGAGGAAAAAAAGGAAUCAGAGGAGGAGGAAAAGCAAGAGAAAACACCAGUGAAGAAGGGCAAAAAGAAAAAUAGUAGCAAAAGUGAGGGAAAAAAAGGGAGUACCGAAGAGCCAGUGACACCAAGCUCAAGGCCGGCAAGGGAAAGGAAAACUGUGGAGCGCUACUCUGAGUCUUCGGGUGCUAGAGGUUCGACGCCUAAGCCAUUGUCAAUUAGGAAGGGUAGUGGUACUCAGCUGAAGGACAUCCCAAAUGUGGCUUAUAAACUAUCCAAGAGAAAACCUGAUGACAACCUGCAGAUACUACACAAUAUUCUUUAUGGCAAGAAAACAAAGGCACAUAGUUUGAAGAAAAAUAUAGGGCAGUUUUCAGGAUUUGUUUGGGUUGAGGAUGAGGAAAAACAAAGGGGGAAAGUCAAAGAGAGGCUGGACAAGUGUGUUAAGGAGAAGCUACUGGAUUUUUGCGAUGUCCUCAAUAUUCCAGUGAUUAAAUCUGCUGCAAAGAAGGAUGAGCUCUCAGUGAAAUUAUUAGAAUUCCUGGAAUCUCCUCAUCCUACAACAGAUUCCUUGCUUGCUGAUAAGCAACAGAAGGGUAAGAAGCAAAAGGGGAAGGGCACAGCUGCCAAAAGCACAGGUUCCUCAGAUAAAACUACUGGGAAAUCAGUAAAGCAGAAGGAUCAGAAAUCUGACAUUGGGGUGAAGCGCAAGCGGUCAUCAAAAAUUGAAGAAGAAGAAGAAGCUGAUGAUGAACCAUCAGAUACUAGAGAUGUCUCUGAGAAUGAUGAUGAAGCUGCUAAAGAAGGAAGUGAUCAGGAAGAGACUACUUCCGAGAAAGAUGAGGAACAAGAGGAAGUGGAAGAGAAAACCAAAGACAAGUCUCAUGAGAAGGUUUAUUCAAAGAAGAGUUCAAAGAAGGAUUCUGGGAGUAAAGCUGUAGAGAAGUCUAAGGAUAUGGAAAAGGGCAGCCCUGCUAAGUCUUUGAAAAGCUCAUCAAAAUCUACCAAAGAGACUUCUGGUUCAGCUUCCAAGAAAGGUGCUUCUGCUGCGGAUUCAGUAUCUAAACCCAAGAAACAAAAAGUUGAAAAGAAAAGUAAAAAAGAAGAAACUGAAUCUGCGAAGGAAAAAUCUUCGGGCAAGAGACAAUCAAGCAAGUCUAUUGCAAAGGUUUCUGAAAAGGAAGGAAAAGGGAAAAGUGUAAAGAAGGCCAAAGCAGAGCCCACCAAAGAAGAAUUGCAUGCAGUAGUAGCAAAUAUUCUUAAAGAAGUUGAUUUUAACACUGCAACUUUAUCUGAUAUUAUCAGGAAACUAGGUAGCCACUUUGAUGUGGAUUUGAUGCACAGAAAAGCAGAGGUGAAGGCAGUAAUCACUGAAGUAAUAAAUAGCAUGAGUGAUGAGGAAGAAGAGGAGGAUGAAGCUGAAGGUGGUGAUGAUGCAGAAAAACAUGAAGGAGGUGAUGGUAGUGAUGCUUGAUUUGUCAAGUAGAAAGAUUUGCUACCCAUACGAGCUUUGUUAAUUGUUCUGAUUUGCAUGUUGUCCUCUGUAUAGACAUGUAAGCGAGAGAAUUUAUACUGUUAGUUAGAGGAUAUACAAAUGGUGGCCUCACUAGGAUAGUGUGUAAGAUAGGCAUUUCUGUGUUAGCUAAUCUGUAGAUGUAACUGUUAGGAUUUCCUUAUCCCAUCUCUUGCUGAUAAUCAGGGUUUGAGCUUGUACUUUUUAAUUUUUUUUAGAACUAUUGCAGAUUGCCAGAAGUUAGAUAUGGUGAAUGACUAUAAUAAUCUGUAUCAUGUGUACUGCUGAAUAAAAGAUCAAAAAAACUGAGGGUUUACGUAAUAA